UCAAGAUACAAAGUGGCGACUUCCCGUAAAAUUCAGUCGUCAGCGUCAGCGUCGUCGUCCUCGUCGUCGUCGUCAUCGACAUCGUCAUCUUCAUCGUCCUCAUCGACAUCUUCAUCGUCAUCUUCAUCAGCUUGUGCUUCAGCUGCAUCGACACCGUCGUCGUCGCCGCAUACAUCAGCCGUUCACGCAGCAAGCAGCCUAGUCACGGACGAAAUACAAAUUUGCCAUCAAUCAUCGGCGGCAGCCCUAAAAACUGCUGCGAAUUUUCGUAAUAAAAUUCCGUCGAUAUCGAUAAUUCCGAUACCGCCGUCAUCAUCGUCGUCGUCGUCAUUGACAGUUGCCGCCUCGUCCUCGUCGUCGUCAUCGUCAACCGUAACAACUGCAAACAAAGCGACAUCACCGCCUCUAGUGGUUAAUAGUGCGACUCGUUUCUACAGCAUCGGGCAGCAGCGCCCCCAACAACAACACCAAUCCCAACAAACGGACAAAUGCAGUUCGGCGGUGUUGAAAUUUGACGUCCGGGAGCUGGUGCCCAAGUCACACACGAGUACGUCAACUUCCACAGAUCAGGGCGUUGCACCCAUUAUCGUCAAAAUCGAACCGACACAAUCCUUCCAGAUUGUCGACGAGAACGAUACGCGUGUCCUUAGUUUACCGAUAUCGGACUGCGAUCGCGUUGGAGCGAGCUGGAUUGAUCUAAAGGACAUUGCCGGACUGCAGGGCAGCACUUAUGUCGAUGUGAACUUGGAUGCGUGCGUUGGAACAACUGGACACCAACAACAACAACAACAACACCAACAACUUCAGACUGUUCAAAUUCAAACACAGCAAGAGCCACAGGCUCAUCACUCGAAGUCUAAUAAUAAUUCAACGACUAUUGUGACCACAAGUGUGGGCAGUGGAGGCGGUGGCAGUGGCAGUGGUGGUGGAGGUGGUGGCGCUGGCGGCGGCGGUGGUGCAGUGAGAAAUUGCAAGGCUGGCGGAGGAUUAGUGGCAACUACGACACAAACCAUAACAUCGGCUGCAGCAACUACAACACGUGAGGGAUUAUCUGUUGGAACAACAUCAAGUGGAGCAAUGACAGCCCAAAUCGAAAUAAUUCCAUGUAAGGUGUGUGGUGAUAAAUCAUCGGGUGUACAUUAUGGUGUUAUCACAUGUGAAGGCUGCAAAGGUUUCUUUCGUCGAUCUCAGAGUUCUGUUGUGAAUUAUCAAUGUCCACGUAAUAAACAAUGUGUCGUCGAUCGUGUUAAUCGAAAUCGAUGUCAGUAUUGCAGACUGCAAAAGUGCCUCAAAUUAGGAAUGAGUCGUGAUGCCGUAAAAUUCGGUCGAAUGUCGAAGAAACAACGUGAAAAAGUCGAAGACGAAGUGCGAUUUCAUCGAGCGCAAAUGCGCGCCCAAAGUGAUGCAGCUCCCGACAGUUCAGUGUUCGAUACACAAACGCCGUCAAGCAGUGAUCAAUUACAUCACAGUUACAAUGGCUAUGGAUAUUCAAGCAAUGAAGUUGGAUACGCGAGUCCGUAUGGUUACUCAGCAUCAGUGACGCCUCAACAGUCGAUGACCUAUGAUAUUUCAGCGGACUACGCCGUGGACAGUACAACGUACGAGCCUAGAAGUACAAUGAUUGACUCAGACUUCAUUGGUCACGCCGACGGCGAUAUUAACGAAGUCCUGAUAAAGACAUUAGCGGAAGCUCAUGCAAACACAAAUACAAAAUUAGAAAUUGUGCAUGAAAUGUUCAGAAAGCCACAAGAUGUAACGCGAAUAGUUUACUACAAAAAUCUCGGCCAAGAGGAACUUUGGCUAGACUGCGCUGAAAAGCUAACACAAAUGAUACAAAACAUAAUCGAAUUUGCUAAACUGAUACCUGGUUUUAUGCGAUUAAGUCAGGACGAUCAGAUUCUUCUGUUAAAAACUGGAUCGUUUGAGUUAGCGAUCGUACGUAUGUCACGUCUGUUAGAUCUCUCACAGAAUGCCGUAUUAUACGGUGAUGUUAUGCUGCCGCAAGAAGCCUUUUACACUUCCGAUUCGUAUGAGAUGCGAUUAGUGUCGUGUAUCUUUGAGACAGCAAAAUCAAUUGCCGAAUUGAAACUGACUGAAACUGAAUUGGCUUUAUAUCAAAGUUUAGUGCUGUUGUGGCCGGAACGAAAUGGUGUUCGUGGAAAUACAGAAAUUCAGAGGCUAUUCAAUCUGAGUAUGAAUGCCAUUAGACAAGAGCUCGAAGCCAAUCAUGCACCGUUAAAGGGUGACGUUACAGUGCUGGACACGCUGUUAAAUAAAAUACCAACCUUCCGUGAACUGUCAAUAAUGCACAUGGAUGCGCUGAGUAAAUUUAAACAAGAACACACAAAUCUAGUGUUUCCGGCAUUGUACAAAGAAUUAUUCUCAAUAGAUUCACCUCAAGACCUAACAUAACAGCAAGCCGCCGCAGCACCAACAACAGCAGUAGCAGCAACAUCAGCAACAAUUACAUCAGUUGCCUCACCACAGGAUUAAACAAAAACAACAAACAACAACAACAAACAAAAAAAAACCAUUGCAAAUAUAUAAUUAAUAUAAAAAUGAUAAUAAACAAAUAAAAACAUAUAAUACAAAAAGUUAAAAAAAAAUAACAUACUUAUAACAAAUAAAAUUAAAUUUAAAACAAAAAAAAACAAAAACAAACAAUUUAUACAUUUUUUUAAAAAUAAAUAAAAAAAGUAAAAACAUAUUGUUUAAUGUUUAAGUAUAAAUUUAAAAUAACAACAAAAACAAAACAGAAAUUCAAGCAGCGUUACCAACAUAGCAAAACAAAAAUAGUCUUACAAGAUUCUCAUAAAAAAAAAAUUAAACUCACGCAUUCACGCAGUUUUUAUUUUCAAAGAAACAAAACUCAAGAAAAAUAACCAUAGAACAAUAUAAACAGUUUUUAGCAAUAUUCUCUCUUUCAACAAAAAAUAAAACAAAUUAAAAUAAAUAAAACAUACAUACAUUUAUAUAAACCCUUUUAAAAUAAUAAAUUAAAUUUAAACAAAAAAAAAUAAAAAAAAAAAAACAAAACAGAGACUUAAAGAAUAAACAAUGAAAUCCACACACAAAAUAAUACGAAACAAAACAAAAAUAUUAAAUUUAAUAUUAAAUUCUUGAGACUAACCAUUAAAAUAUUUUUUAAAAAAUCAUUUUGAUGAACAAAAACAAAACAAAAAAAAACUUUUCAAAAAUUUUUAUUUUUUUUUUCAUGCUUUAAUUAUUUUAUAAAAAUAACUUUAAAAGAUAGAAAAAAAAAGUUUCUAAAACUAAAAAUCUAGAUGAGAAACAAAAAGUAACACACUUACAUUAACAACUGACUUACACACACACUCACACAACACACAUGAGAAAAAACUAGUAAAAUAUUAACAAAAUAAAAACGUAAUUCUUUUUUGACAGACAAAAUUUGGCAAAUAAACAAACAAAUUACAAAAUAUUUAUAAACAAAAAAAUAAUACAAUAUUACGUUUUUCUUCGCAAAGAGACUUUUAGGUAAAUUAAAUGACUGUUUUUUUAGGAUAGAGAUAUUUUUUUUUGUUAUUUUAUAGAAAAAAAAUAAAAUAUCUAAUGUAUGUAAAAAUCACAAUUUUUUUAAAAAUUAAAAAAAAAAAAACAAACAAUAUAUCUACACACACACUUUUUUGUAUCAUCGUAACUCCUUUUUUUAUGUAUUUGUAAUCAUGGACAUUUGUACACAUUUUCUAAAAUCAAAAAAACAUAUGACGCUUUUUCAAUACGAUAAUGGCCGCUAGUUGAGGUUAGGAAUUCAAGCUAAGGAACCGUUUGCAUUUGCUUCAAGUUUUUAUUUAUUUUUGUGAUAUAAUUAUAUCACAAGUUUUCUAAUUUCGGUGAUACGAUGCUCAAUUGUUUAUCAUUUUAAAAAAUAUUUUAUUUUUAAAAUAAAGAUUUUUUUUUAGAAAAUUGCAUAAAUAUCGUUCUGUGAUAUCUUUUGUGUUCAUUUUUUAAACUCAGACUCUGAGGCCUGAUCUGUAUGAUUAUUAUUUAAGAACAAAGUUAAAAUGACCAAUUUAAGGAGUUACAUCUAUUAUUCUAUUAUUCGUUUUUUAAAGUAUGACAUUUCAAAAACAGUCCCUGAAAGUUGUAUGUCGAUCCGUUCAAAAUUGAGUGGGUUAAUGCCAUUUUUACCAUGUUCUGUCUGUGGGUUUCAGUUUUUAACCGCCUCUUCAAAAUUGGUGGCCACGAUAUUUAAAAAUAAGUAAACGGGUUUACUUGAAAUGUUUGCAUGUUUUUAACAUGCAAAUCAAAGGUUUUUUUAAAAUGAAGUCAUUUUUUGACUGAAAAAUAAAAACUUAGACUUUGGAUCGCCUACUUUCAAAAACUGAUAAUUUUUGAAACCCUUUGAAAAAAGGCUUUUUGAUUGUAGAUCAUUGGUGAAAUAUUUACAGUGAUCACUAAUUAAGGUUUUAAACAGCUGUGAUUUUACGAUCCUAAACCGUUAAUAAGUUUCCCAAAAACACUUAUUUUUUCGGCCACUAAAUAGAUGUAACCCCUUAAUAUAACAGGCUUUAAUUCCUGUUUAAUUCAAAACUUUUUUCAAAAUAUCUUGAAGAAUUCACAGAUGGCGCAAUAAUACACAAUUCAUCUCCUUCUAUCAAAGAAAAAGUCCUUCAAUUUGUAAAAGAAUUAGUUCAAAAAUUGGGAAUUUUCUUCAAAAACUAUUCAAUAAAUUUUGAAACGUUAAAAAAAUGUUAUUGUAUUUUUAUGGUUUUUGAACACAAAUUUUGAUAUUUCGAGAUUGAUCUUUUUUUCUUCAUACAAUUUCAUGAAAUAAUUUAACACUUUUUUUGACAUAUUUUUAACACUUUUUUUUAAGUAUUUUGAAAAUAACUUUAUUUACAUAAUAGCGCAUUAAAACAUGUUUAAUAGACAUUAUUUUAAAUUAACUUAAAAUUGCUUACUUUAAAAAAAAAAACCACUUAUCAAAAAUGUCCAAUGCUGUUACUUUAACUGCCCUUAACCUCACAUUCUAAAAAUAAUACUGAGGCAUUUAAUGGACUUAAUAUUUAAUCUUAAAAGAUAAAACACAAAAUAGUUUUCUUGUUUUAUAUUUUCAUUAUAAAAUUCUAUUAAAAACCAAUUAACAUCGUUUUCAAUUCGAGUAGAAAACAACUAACUUACAAAUGUCAGUUUGACAUCUAUUUUUCUGAAUGUACUUGUCAAAUAUGCCAUAUUCUCAUUUGUAUGCAUGACAUUUAUUGCACCUAACGUCACAUGAUAAAAAUAAUAUUAAUUCACUUAUGGACUUUAUUUUUAAUAUUUUGAGAAAAAUGUCAAAUGGGAUUAUAAAAUCCCAUCAUCAAAUUCCGUUUUUCAUUCGAGCAGAUCAAUCUCUUUUGAAAAUGUUACUUUGACAUUUUUUUUUGACAUAAGUUUAAUUGUCACAUUUCAAUCUCUUUUUCUAAUCUUUUAUGAAAAAUGUCAAAUCGUGUUUUUUUUUUGUUUUAAUCUUAUCAUCAAAUUCCGUUUUCCAUUCGAGCAGAUCAAAAUCGUUUGCAAAUGUCACUUUGGCAUCUAUUUUUUUGGCCUAAGUUUGAUUGUCACAUUUAUUUUGAAAUACCGAUCCAAUACAAUCUUUUUGUCAAUCUUUU